AUUGGGCAGCGGCCGAGGCGCCUCCUCGCUCGGAGACAGAAGAAGCGCCUUGAAGCCAGCCGUCCGAGCGCACGCUUCCAACAUGAGUUAGUGAAGCCCCGGAGAGAGGCAAAGGCAGAGGCAGAGCAAGGAAAACGCGCUUCUCAGGCCCCCGAGCGAGCGGCUCCUGUCCGGCUUUCCAAGGCGGUAUAUAAAGCCUCAAGGAGCCCUGUACUUGGUUACCAAUCAUUUGGCAGAAGAACUUGGCUUUAGCUGAUUUUUGUCAUCAGUCAAUAGAGCAGACAUGUUAAGUAAAAAAUAAAGACAGUUUUGAUGAAAAAAAGAAUUUGUGCAGUAUGUUCUGUACUAAACUGAAAGACCUGAAAAUCACUGGCGAGUGUCCUUUCUCCUUACUGACCCCAAGUGGCAUUUCUGGUGAAAAUGAGGAGGAAUGUGUUGAAGUACCAGAUAGCUCAAAGACUUCUUUGCCAGUUUGCAAAGAGAAGGACACUCAAGGAGACCAUCCACAAAGGAAAACCAGCAGGAGCAGAGUGUAUCUGCACACUUUAGCUGAGAGCAUCUGCAAACUCAUCUCCCCAGAGUUUGAAAGGCUAUAUCUUGCAUUUCAGAGAACGCUAGCAAAUAAUAAUAUAAAAGAAAUCAGGAAUUUUGGGGAAAGAGAAGACUUUGAAAAGCUUAUCACAGACCAUGCAACUAUAGCAGGAGUCCCUGUGAACAUUAUUAAGGAAUCCCUUGGUGAAGAACUUUUCAAAAUAUGUUACGAAGAGGACGAACACAUCCUGGGUGUUGUUGGAGGGACUCUUAAAGACUUUUUGAAUAGUUUCAGCACUCUACUGAAGCAGAGCACUCACUGUCAUGAAGCAGAAAAAAGGGGUAGACUUGAAGAGAUUUCCAUACUAUGUCUGGAAAAGGACCCAGACUUUUUAAAUGUGUACUAUUUCUUUCCCAAGAAAACAACUAGUAUCAUCCUGUCUGGCAUCAUUAAAGCAGCUGCUCGCAUUCUGUAUGAGACCGAGGUGGAAGUGACUGUCAUGCCGCCCUGCUUCUGCAAGGACAACACUGAGUUUAUUAACCAGCCAUAUUUGUUGUACUCUGUCCAAGUCAAAAGUGCAAAACCCUCUUUAUCACCAUGCAAACCUCAGUCGUCUCUUGUGAUCCCUGCUACUAUGUUCUGCAAGACUUUCCCAUUUCAUUGCAUGUUCGACAAGGAUAUGGCUAUUCUGCAAGUUGGCAAUGGUAUAAGGAGACUCUUAAACAGAAGAGAAUUUCAAGCAAAGCCAAACUUUGAUGAAUGGUUCGAAAUCUUGACUCCUAAAAUAAAUUGUACCUUUAGCGGGAUCAUGACGAUGCUGAACAUGCAGUUUACCAUAAGGGUGAAACGAGGGGACAAUGCUCUUAAAAAAUCAACAGGGGUUAUGGACCUUAAAGGACAGAUGAUCUACAUGUUUGAAUCAAGUGCCAUCUUGUUUUUGGGCUCUCCCUGUGUGGAUAGACUAGAAGAUUUUACAGGACGUGGCUUAUACCUUUCAGAUAUUCCCAUUCACAAUGCUCUUAGGGAUGUCGUUUUAAUAGGAGAGCAAGCCAGAGCUCAAGAUGGACUGAAAAAAAGGCUCGGGAAGCUUAAAGCUACUCUGGAGGAGGCACACCAAGCUCUUGAAGAGGAGAAGAAGAAGACAGUUGAUCUGUUGUGCUCCAUCUUUCCUGAAGAGGUUGCACAGCAGCUGUGGCAGGGACAGGUUGUACAGGCCAAGAAAUUUCAUAACGUCACCAUGCUUUUUUCUGACAUUGUCGGAUUCACUGCAAUCUGUUCCCAGUGCUCACCUAUGCAGGUCAUCACCAUGCUUAAUGAGCUCUACACCCGCUUUGAUUAUCAGUGUGGGGACUUGGAUGUCUACAAGGUCGAAACCAUUGGAGAUGCAUACUGUGUGGCUGGAGGCUUGCACAAAGAAAGUGAGACCCACGCCAUGCAGAUUGCACUGAUGGCCUUGAAGAUGAUGGAGCUGUCUAAUGAAGUCAUGUCUCCUCAUGGAGAACUCAUUAAGAUGCGUAUAGGCUUGCAUUCUGGCUCAGUCUUUGCUGGCGUCGUGGGUGUUAAAAUGCCGCGAUAUUGCCUAUUUGGAAACAACGUAACACUAGCCAACAAAUUUGAGUCCUGCAGCGUCCCGAGGAAAAUAAACGUCAGCCCAACAACCCACAGGUUACUAAAGGAUUACCCAGGCUUUGUAUUCACUCCACGUUCAAGACAGGAUCUUCCCCCCAACUUUCCAAGUGAAAUUCCUGGGAUCUGUUACUUUCUUGAGGCUUAUCUCCAAGGAACACAUACAAAACCCUGGCGUCAAAAGGAGGAUGCAGAAGAUGGAAGCACAAAUUUCUUGGGGACACCAGCUAGCACAGACUAAAUUACGUUUUCUUGCCCUUUUGAAGAUAAAAUGUGUUCCAACUUUUGUACUAACAAAAAUGAUUUUUUAAAAAAUUGAAACCGUGACAGCACUUUAAUUUCUUAACACCUAAAAGCCAGUAUUUAAAAGUACAACGGAUAUGUCACAUGCUACUUUUAAUGUUUCUUUUAAUAUAUUUGGCAUAGAGUAAUUUGGAAAUUGGAGAAGCAGGAUCAAGACAGGUUAGUUCCUCACAAGAGGAGAGAAUCCUUUUAGCCUGAAAGUCAAAUCCAAUUUCAGAGAAGUUUUUUGGUGCUGCGCCUCUAAGUGGCAUGUAGAGCCAAAGACAAAGGGAUGGGACCAAAAAUACCAGCAUAGUAUAACUUAUAGCUUUCACUGCCAAUAAAGGAACAUUUUAAAAUUGGGGGUGGGGUGGGUGGGGAGGGAUGUAAAAGCUGAAAUAUUACCAAAUAAUGGGGGAAGAGGGUCUAGCCAUCUGGAGACUGCAGAAUGCAAGAUAUGAAACACUACAAAUGCUCUGUUUGAACCCAGGGCAUGUAGUGCUUCAUCUUAAAAAUGCAAUGUGACAAUAGGUGGGAGAAAUCCAGUUAGCUAACAGCUCUUUCUUUGUAUUGUCGAAGGCUUUCAUGGCCAGAAUCACUCGGUUGUUGUGUGUUUUCUGGAACGUGUGGCCAUGUUUCAGAAGUAUUCUCUCCUGACGUUUAACCUGCAUCUAUGGCAGCCAUCCUCAGAGGUUGUGAUGCCUGCCAUAGAUGCAGGUGAAACAUCAGGAGAGAAUGCUUCUGGGACAUGGCCAUACAACCCAGAAAACACACAACAACCCAGCUCUUUCUUUCUAUCCCAAAGUUACCAGGCCAGUUUGAUAGGGAACCUCUUUUCCCAGAUAGAGACAGAGUUUAUACCAAGUGUGGGCAAAUUUCGGCCUUCCAGGUGUUUUGGACUUCAACUCCCACAAUUCCUAACAGCCAGUAGGCUGUUAGGAAUUGUGGGAGUUGAAGUCCAAAACACCUGGAGGGCCGAAGUUUGUGCAUGCCUGGUUUAUACCUUUUCAUUAUGCCCAGUAUUUAGAAACAGCUUCAAGUGAAGGGAUUGGACCCUUCAGUAUUUUGUCCACACAGAGCCAAAUUGUCUGCUUUCCAACACCUGUAUUUCAGCAGUUGGCAUGCAGACGAUAUUGUCACACCCUGUACUUCGAGUCAGAUAAAAUGUUAGUCAUUAUGAUGAAAUCUUAUUAAUGAUUUCAUAACGUAUUGUCAUCACAACCACAAAUUAUUGCUAGUAUAUGUCAGCAUCUCCCAGUUAACUAUUCUGGAGCCAGCCCCAUAAAUAGACAACGAAACUGAAGUUUGGGAGAGGAACUCAUGCAGACUAGGAAGGAUGAGCCACAAGCUGUUUUCUGUCAUCCAUUUUAAGUCUCGUGUCUCUUUUGUAACCAAGUCUUCUGAAGAUUUUGAAGGAAGCAGCUAGGCUUGCUCUUGCACUCCCACAUGGCUCAUUUUACAAGCUAGCAAUGUGGAAUGGGAUGGUAGCUCACUUUGUUUAAAUGUUCUAUUAAGAUGCAUGCUGAAUGUCUUGUGAAAGGAAUGUUCGGCCUGCCUGGGUCAAUGAUUCCCAGACUUGAGUUCCUAGUGGUUGUUGGAUUGCAGAUUCGCACAAUCCCUAACCAUUUGACUAUGGAUACCAGAAUUUGUCACCGGACAUCUGGGACCCAAAUAUGGAAAUCACUGGUUUAGGUGUAAGUGGAGUCUUGGGUGAUAUCAUGGAUCCUGUAUUUAUGACUGAGGAAUGAGAUGAUAGGCAGUCAUUGAGUUGAUGGGAGAUGACCUAGUCUGAUGUUAAUGAGGAGGCAAUAAUGGAUCCAAUGAGUGAUGCAGUGUUUCGUUUAAAAAGUUUAUGUAUGUUUAAAAAUUCACUUGUAGUCUGUUAUUGGUAUAAUAAUAUUUAUCAAUUUAAACAAAAAUCACACAAAUUAAAGUAACCCACUGUAAUAUUUUACAUUUUGCAACAUAUGAUUAAGAUCAAUUCUGUUUCUUCCAACACUAGAUCUCUAUACACCCUUCAUUAGGUGGCUACUUCUCACAGGGUAGUACAAUGUGCAUUUAAAAUAUACAGCAUUUACAUUACAUGGGAGCACUGUGAACAUGAAAUUCAGAUCUAGACACCCAGUUCCAAUACCAUAGUGUAUGCGUAUGCAUUGUGAAAGCCAAAAUGGCUUAGCUAAUUUUAUCUUUGACUGUAUACCAGUGGUUCUCAACCUGUGGUUCCCCAGAUGUUUUGGCCUUCAACUCCCAGAAAUCCUAACAGCUGGUAAACUAGCUGGGAUUUUUGGGAGUUGUAGGCCAAAACACCUGGGGGGCCACAGGUUGAGAACUAGUGCUGUAUGCUUUUCACAAACUGCAAAGGAGAACUUCCUCCUGCACAGCUCUCAGGGGGCAUACUUUCAAAUAUGAAAAUCAGCUAAAAGGAUAACAUUCAUGUCAGAACUGUUAAGUACUGGCAAUCUGCAACUUCAGCCAGGGAGAGAUAUUUCUCUCUAGAAACUCUCUCUGGGUCCAAGUCAAACAUUUCAUUGCAGUAUCUCCUUCCCACACACCCAGAUUUACAGUGGAAGCAUCUAUGGAUUGGAAUGUCAUAUUGUUCCAGGUUUUUGUUACAAAAUUUAGAGUGCUUCUAAAAAAAUUGGAAACACUCUCUAUCCCUGCCUUGUUACAUCAUUUCUGUAUAAUUGCGAUAAAAUUCAGUUGAAAUGCCCAUCUUCCCAAAAUUUUAAUUAUCAAUGGGAAAAUGUCAAUGAGACACCUAGAACUAGAAGCAAGAUGCAAAUACAACAGUAUCCAGCUAGUUCUGUGCCACCACAACUACUGUUAAGGGGCACACUGCCUUGAAUACUGGAGAUAAUUUAAUUGCCUCAGCAUGAUUACAGACCAUUACCCUAAAUUUACAAUGGUUCCCCACCUUUGGUCCUCCAGGAAUUUUGGACUUCAACUCCCAAAAAUCCCAGCUAUCUUAUCAGCUGUUAGGGAUUGUGAGAGCUGAAGUCCAAAACACCUGAGGACCGAAGGUUAGGAACCACUGCCCUAAAAGAAUUGGUAUACAGGAGUGGGUCUCAACCUGUGGGUCCCCAGAUGUUUUGGCCUUCAACUCCCAGAAAUCCUAGCAGCUGGUAAACUGGCUUGGAUUUCUGGAAGUUGUAGGCCAAAACAGCAGGGGACCCACAGAUUGAGAACCACUGGUAUACAGUCACACACACACAGCAAACCUUCCAAUCCAAGUUAACAAACAUCCUCACUUCUUGUAGUACCUAAUGUCAUGUUGGCUGCAUUAUGCAUCACAAAUCUCCCACCAUUUAGCUUUGUUGGAAAACAAUAUGUUUCAAGUACAGUAUGAUCCCCAUAUCCACAGGUGACACAUUCUCAGACUUUGCAUAGGUAUGCAGAACUGCAGAUAGUAGCAACUCCUAUUGGACUGAGGAACCUCUAGCCUAAGAAUAUUAUAGAGGAGAUCUUUAAAAUAUCUAGAGAAAACAAAUUUUGUCAGACAGGGAUAAAUGAAAGCACAGAAACCAGUCUUGUGGAUAGAGGGGUCCUGCUGUGUCAGUGGGGAGGAAGGGAGAAAAUACUUCUCCCAAUUCACUUUCUUCCUAUACAGUUGAAUAAUUCUAUAACAUCUCCACUUGCUGUUUACUAAGCUAAAUAGUUCCAAGCAUUGUAACCCUUCCUCAUAGGAUAUUUGCUCCAGCUGUUUGAUUAUUUUGUUCGUCCUUUUCUGUACAUUCUCCAAUUCUAAGACAUCACUUUUGAGGUGCUGUGAGUAGAAUUGUGCACAGCUCUACUCACAGUAGAUUGCAUCGUUGAUAUGUAUAAAUGCUGAUUGUUAUGUUUAAUUGGUCUGUCUUCCCUUUUCUUAAUUCUCUGCAUGGAAUUUGCCUUUUCCC